AAGGCAUUUAGGAUGUUCUUGCAGAGGGUGUGGAGUGUAUUUUAGUCAGAAGUAGYUUGGGUGGCAAACUAGCUACAAUUCAUUGUUAUUUCUAAGUUUUAGAUUUCAGGCCCUUCGUUCCUUUCUCUCCCCAAUUUCUUUACUUGUGAAACUUUCUUCCUCGACCUGUUUUGCUACUUUCCUUUUUAGGUAACUGGAGGAUGUAGUUGCAAAAAUGACAAAGGAAAAUGCUUCUGUGUUGUAACUUGUUCYGUCAGUCUGCCAUAAGCUGCUGCUCUCACGUUUACCUCCCUGGGUGGGGCUUCUGAAGGCAAUUGUUUUGUCCUCCUAAAUAGAAAGAGCUGAAAACGGAAGGUAGCUUGAGAAAAAGUGAUACUUUAAAGUUAAAUAUUAACCAGAUUCAAACAAGCUCAAGCACAUUUCAAGUGAGGUUGACUUGUUGGGCUGUUGAUGAAGAAGGAAUUCAAGAGMGAAGAAUAAGCAUGGGGAUACUCUACUCCGAGCCCAUCUGUCAGGCAGCUUACAACAACGAUUUCAAUAAAGUUCAUCUCCUUUUGGAGCGCAACAGCAACGAUCUGAACGUCCAGGACAGCUUCAGAGGAGACACCCCUUUAAUCUGUGCAUGUAAGCAAGGAAACAACAGGAUAGUUAAUUAUCUGCUUAGAAGACAUGCUGAUGUCAACCUCAGAAAUAAGAAGGACCGCACUUGCCUCCAUUAUGCUGUGAGAAAACGAUUUUCCUUCCUUGACUAUGURCUCAUCAUAAUCCUCAUGCCAGUUAUGCUUAUUGGAUAUCUUCUCAUGGUCUCAAAGACAAAACAGAAUGAACACCUGGUCAAGAUGUUGCUUAGAGCUGGAGUCAAUGUGAAUGCUACAGACUYUUCUGGUAGCACAGCCCUUCACUAUGCUUGUGAAAUGAAAAACCAGGAAGUCAUUCCUCUCCUGCUUGAAGCUCAUGCAGACACUUCUAUAAAGAAUCAGGAUGGGGAGACUCCCUUAGAYAUAGCAAGAAGAUUACAGUUCCACAACAUUGAGAGCAUGAUAAGGAAAGAUUCGUAGCCAUCGAGGACUCUGACAUGCAGAAAAUUACCUCAUCUGACAAUCCACCUUUCAGAACAGCAGAAGUCCUGCAGAGGAUGAGGGCUGAUACUUGAUAAAGACUUGGUCCACAUCCACCCAUUCCCUGCUGCAGACUUGGACAAUUUUGUGUGAGAUUUGUCARUACCCCGAGGCCAUGUGUGGGCUGAAAGAAGUUCAUUUUAUUUUACUAAGCCGUGAAUGAUUACAAUGGUGUUCAAAAUAUUGUCCUUCCCAUCUGCCUCACCAGUUUUAUUACUUGACUUUUGCAAACUGUGGAUUUUGAAAGCUAGCUGUAAAAUAUCUGGAAGCCUAAACAUUGCAUAUGAUGUUUGGCAGCCAAAGCAAAAAUAAAAUAUCCUUUACAGCAUGUGUUACUUGUUCCAUAGGGGAACUAAACAAUAUGCUUCAGCAAUUAUAAAAAGUCUGGUACCCUUCCUCUUAGUAUUUAUCUUCCUGCAAUGGGAGUGGCUGGGAAAACAGAUCUCUCAGUUGAGCACUUCCUCCUUCCUUCCUUCCUACAAGUUUCACACACCUUAAUUUUCACUGUGGUGCUAUAAGAGUAGCAUUAUUUUCUUUUUGUGUAUAUAUAUAUAUAUAUAUAUAUAUAUAGAUAGACAGAUAGAUAGAUAAGAAACAGCAAAAAGCGAUUCAAUGCCUUGCUAGAGACCAUAAAGAAAGUCAAUUCCCAGAUCACUUUAAUGCAUUAAGAAAUAGUAAUGAAAAUAUGUUUGGCUCAGUAGAGAAACAGGUCUCUUGACUACCUUUCCAAUAUAAACAGUGUACUAAAGAAAAAAAAAAGAGUCAAUAAAUGAAAUGCAGCUGAUGGAAACCAGAUGUGUCCUUCCCAUGGGACUAGACAGGAUAGCAUGCUGUGCACAGUGGUGCAUGCAGCAGGGGAUGAUACCAAUCAUCAUAAUCAUAUCUCCAUGAGUCUUCUCUUGCAUAGGUGAAGGCAGAAGAAAACCUGCAGAAGUAAGAAAUAUGCUAAAGUGGCCUGGUGCUUUCUGAUUUAAUAAUACAGCAAUAAAAAGGAAACUCCUUUCAUAUCCUGCUGUAUUGUGCCUCAUUGGUCUAAUGGAUCUUUAUUUUUGUUGCCAAUUUUGGCCUUUUCCUGUAAGCUGCCAGAAAUGCAGAGUACAGGUGCCAUGAUCAGCACUGCUGAUGGGUGCUACAUGAGGUGCAUGGACAAGGCAGAGUAUUUUUCCUGUGUUACCAACACAGAUACCUUUUUCAGUGUAACUAUUCUGUGGGAUGUCAACUCCAGCUACAAAAGGUCAUGGCUGGGCAAGAUGAGCUUGAGGCUGCAGCCAAUACUGCUCCACGAAAUGAAGCUCCUUGUUGGAGCUUGUAAUCUUGAACACUUCAUCUGUAAUCUGGGCACGGACACUCUUACCUACCAUAGCAGCUUGUAGGUGAGAUGUGAGGCACUUGCAUGGAUCAUGAAGAUGUCAUCUCUUAGGGCUAAUGGCCAGAAAGGGAGAAUUUCUAGCUGCUUUCCCAUGUCUUCUGAGGAAGACAGUGGUCACAGUAACACUGUGGAAAACCUCAAAUUAUGAGGAAAACAAGAAAUAAAUAAGAACAAAUAAAUACCUGUACAGGUAUCCCUUAUGUAUGUCUCUGUGUUUACCUCUUCCCCAGAUAUCACCCUUAUUGUCAAAUAGAAAUUUGGAGGGUUUUACUGAAAGAACAGACACU